GCUGCUCCUCCCCGACAGCCCUGCGGUCUCAGACAACGCUCGAGUGGGCUCCGGUGGACCUGCAGUCGGCGGGCCGCGAUGCUGAAGGCCAAGAUACUCUUCGUGGGGCCCUGCGAGAGUGGAAAAACCGUUUUGGCCAACUUCCUGACAGAAUCUUCUGACAUCACUGAAUACAACCCAACCCAAGGAGUGAGGAUCCUGGAAUUUGAGAACCCACAUGUUGCCAGCAACAACAAAGGCACGGGGUGCGAAUUUGAGCUGUGGGAUUGUGGCGGAGAUCCAAAGUUUGAAUCUUGCUGGCCAGCCCUGAUGAAGGACUGUCACGGGGUGGUGAUUGUCUUCAACGCUGACAUCCCAAGCCACCUGAAGGAAAUCGAGAUGUGGUAUUCCUGCUUUGUUCAACAGCAGUUCCUACAGGAUACUCAGUGUCUGUUAAUUGCACACCACAAACCAGGCUCUGGCAGUGAGAAAGGAAACCUGUCUUUGUCACCACCCUUGAACAAGCUGAAGCUGGUGCACUCGAAUCUUGAGGAUGACCCUGAAGAGAUCCGGAUGGAAUUCAUGAAGUAUUUAAAAAGCAUCAUCAACUCCAUGUCUGAGAGCAGAGACCGUGAGGAGAUGUCAAUUAUUACCUAACUAGCCUUCAUCUGGACUCUUCCUCACCCCAAGUGAGGUCAGCUUCUUCCCCAGUGCAGGUCUGAAAUCUUACCGGGUACUGAUAUUUCUUCUCCCGUGGCUCUAGAAGAAAUUUUCUUUGCCUGCUUGGAGGUACCAGUCACCGAAGGAGUUGAAUCAUUCCAUCUCUUCUCUGUCUGAGCCUAGCCCCGUAUUUCCCCAGGAGCAGGGCUUCGGUGUUUACUAAUACAGUCUUUGCGGUGGCUUUGUAGACCGUGAUGACCACGAAUAAUGGGAAUCCACUGUAUCUCCGUCUCGUGCAAUUUAAAUGAUUUUAGGUUAGUUCAGUCUCUAAUAAAUAUUUAAUUAAUUCAA